UCGGCCCUGGAGACAUGCCCGUGCAGGAGAUGGCGGUGAGUCCUGUCAAGUCCCUGUACUGGGAGCAGUUCCCCUCCAUGUCACAGCGCCGUGUCUACUGCACUCCCGUGUACCAUGAAGGCCUGCUUUACGUGCUGGGGGGGUGCAGCGAGACUGGCAUGCCCCUGGACAGUGUCGAGGUCUUGGAUGUAGAGAGCCAGACGUGGAGCCAGUUGCCACCGCUGCCCACUGCGCGGGCGGGGUCCUCAGCUGUCGCGCUGGGGGGCCAGGUGAUGGUGCUUGGGGGCAUGAAUCAGCAGCAGACCCCGCUGGCCUCCGUGGAGAUAUACCACCCUGAUGAGGGCAAGUGGGAGUCAAGGGCCAGCCUGAGUCAGCCAUCUAUGGGUGUCACCACUGUGGAGAAAGAUGGGAAGGUGUAUGCGUUGGGGGGUAUGGGAGCAGACACCACACCACAGGCCCUGGUGAGGGUUUAUGAGACAGAGAAGGACCAAUGGCAGCUGAUGACCUCCAUGCCCACGCCGCGGUACGGAGCCACACCCUUCGUAACAGGAAACAAAAUCUACAUGUUAGGUGGUCGUCAGGGAAAGAUGCCGGUGACGGCGCUGGAGGCUUUUGAUCUGGAGAUGAAUAGCUGGACACGUUACCCCUGCAUCCCAAGCAGGAGAGCCUUCUCCUGCUGCGCCACAAAUGAGCGAAGCCUCUUCAGCCUGGGUGGCCUCCAGCAACCGGGGCCACAUAACUUCUACUCCAGACCUCACUUUGUCAGCACCAUGGAGGAGUAUGAUCUGGAUCAAGGUAUCUGGAUCAAACCCAGCCGAAUGUCCAGGAUGAGGGAGAAGAGGGCUGACUUUGUGGCAGGAUGCCUCGGAGGAAGGGUCAUCGCAGCUGGUGGUCUAGGUAACGAGCCGUCGCCGUUGGGCACAGUGGAGAGCUACAAUCCAGUGAAGCGGCGUUGGGAGUAUGUGGCGCCCAUGCCGACUGCACGCUGCUCUUCUGCCCUCCUGCAGACAACCAGCAUGCUCUUUGUCAUUGGUGGUGUUGCCCAGGGACCCAGUAAUGCUGUGGAAGCCCUCUGCUUCCAGAGUGAAACAGUGUGA